GGUUGCUGUACUGCUGAGGUCCAUAUCUAGUUCAACCAGUCUUCCAGACAGUGUGCUCCAUGCUUUGAGACCAGGAGGUCCUUGGUGUUCUGAAAUGAAGAUGGAGGCAGUGGGAAAAACAGAAGAACUGGUUGAUUCGGAAGUUCCACCAAAGACUUCUGAAAAGCAAGAGACUGCUCCUGAUGAAGACGGACCUAUAGAACUGGAGACACAAACUCAGAAAGACAACGUGCCCACUGCAGCAGACUCUGCGGUGCUCUCUUCAAUGCCUUGCUUACUGAUGGAACUGAGGCGAGACUCCUCGGAGUCUCAGCUAGCAUCUACAGAGAGCGAUAAGCCAACGGGUGGUCGAGUUUACGAGAGUGACUCUUCUAAUCAUUGUAUGCUUUCCCCUUCUUCCAGUGGGCAUUUGGCUGACUCAGAUACAUUGUCUUCCACAGAAGAGAAUGAGCCCUGUCAAGCUGAAGCUGCUGUAGAGGGAGACUCUUCUGCGGUGUCUGGGGUUGCAGUUGGGAGGAAAUCCAGGCGAUCCAGGUCCGAAAGUGAAACUUCAACAAUGGCUGCCAAGAAAAACCGACAGUCUAGUGAUAAGCAGAAUGGUCGAGUUACCAAGGUGAAAGGUCAUCGAAGCCAAAAGCACAAAGAAAGAAUUCGGCUGUUAAGACAGAAACGUGAGGCAGCUGCUCGUAAGAAGUACAACCUGCUGCAGGACAGCAGUACCAGUGAUAGUGACCUGACGUGUGACUCGAGCACGAGUUCAUCAGAUGAUGAUGAAGAGGUUUCAGGGAGCAGCAAGACAAUCACUGCAGAGAUACCAGAUGGACCUCCAGUUGUAGCUCAUUAUGAUAUAUCAGACACAAAUUCAGACCCAGAAGUGGUAAAUGUGGACAAUCUGUUGGCAGCUGCCGUAGUUCAAGAGCACAGUAAUUCUUUAGGAAACCAAGACUCGGGAUCUACCUGGAGAACCAGAGGGCUGCUAGAUGAACUGAGUGCUGAUACAGGUCAUUUGGAUCCAGGCUUCCUUGCAAGUGACAAAACCUCUUCUGGAAAUGCCCAGAUCAAUGAAGAAAUUAAUAUUGCCUCUUCUGAUAGUGAAGUAGAGAUUGUUGGAGUUCAGGAACAUGCCAGGUGCGUGCAUCCCAGGGGAGGUGUGAUUCAGAGUGUGUCUUCCUGGAAGCAUGGCUCCGGCUCACAGUACAUUAACACUCAGCAAACACAAUCAUGGACAGCUGUGACUCCCCAGCAGAAUUGGUCUUCGCCCCCAGAAGUAGUAGACCUCACUUUGGAUGAGGAUACCAGACGCAAAUAUCUACUGUAA